UGUCACAAGUCACUUAUCAUCGGUUCGUCAUUCAUUGUCCUUUUUUGGAUAAAAAAUUCCAGUAAGUAUCCGCAUAACACCAAAUGGCUCAAUUUUCAUCCAGUUAUGCUUAUUAAAAAUCCAAAACCGGCUGUAAGAAAGUGGCUAAAACGAGGGGCUGUGGCGUUAUUCGUUAUAGAAGGAGCAAGUUUUGUUGGAAGCUAUUUUCUUUGGUAUAGAGUCAACACAGAUAGAGAUACAAGAAAGUAUUUAUACCAGAAUUAUCCAUCAGUUUUGGAAGCAUACUAUAAAAUUGGAGAAACAUUUGAUUCCCAAAAUCAAAUAAGACAAAUUGAUUUGGCUUACUGGAAUAAGGAAUCUUAAUGGCAUCUAGACUUGUUAGAUCAUUAUUCUGGUUAGUUGCUUGUGGAGGUGUCAGUUAUGGUCUUUUAAUUUUGACUACACCAACAGAAGAAGACAUCAGAAAAAGAAAA